GCGCCAAAAAUUGCAAUUGCAUUUGCGGCGUGCGGCGGGCAAAUCUGCUUGUUUGUUGUUUGCUUGUUUCAUUGUGAAAUUAUUGCUCGACGAAAUGGCACACGACGCGGAACAGUACAUCAAGGACAUACAGCGCGAAUAUGUGGACUUUCUGGACGACGAAGAGGACCAGGGCAUCUAUGCCGGCCACGUCAAAGACAUGAUUGCUGAAAAGUCCAAGCGUCUGGUGGUCAACAUCAACGAUCUCAAGCGCAAAAAUCAACAGCGCGCUCUCGGCCUGCUGAGCAACGCCUCCGACGAACAGCUCGCAUUCGGUCGUGCACUCAAAGAGUACGUGUCCACCAUUGAGCCCAGCUAUGCCAAACAGCACGAGGAUUUCUUUGUGGGCUUCGAGGGCUGCUUUGGCAAUCGGCAUGUGACGCCCCGUUCCCUCACCUCCGUCUAUCUGGGUAAUCUGGUGUGCGUCGAGGGCAUUGUCACCAAAGUCUCGCUCAUCCACCCGAAGGUGGUGCGCAGCGUUCACUAUUGUCCAGCGACACGCAAAGUACUGGAACGCAAGUACACAGAUCUGACCUCGUUUGAGGCGGUGCCCUCCAGUGCCGUCUAUCCCACCAAGGACGACGAUGGCAAUCUGCUGGAAACCGAAUUCGGACUCUCGGUGUACAAGGAUCAUCAACGCAUCACCAUCCAGGAGAUGCCAGAGAAGGCGCCCGCCGGCCAAUUGCCGCGUGCCGUUGACAUUGUGUGCGAUGAUGAUCUGGUCGAUCGCUGCAAGCCCGGCGAUCGUGUCCAGAUUGUGGGCAACUAUCGUUGUCUGCCCGGCAAACAUGGUGGCUACACCUCGGGCACCUUUCGCACAGUGCUGCUGGCGAAUAACAUUUCGCUGCUGAGCAAAGAGAGCAAUCUGGACAUUUCGCGCGAGGACAUUAUGCUCUGCAAGAAGCUGGCCAAGAACAACGACAUCUUUGAGCUGCUCAGCAAGAGUCUGGCACCAUCGAUUCACGGACAUGCGUAUGUGAAGCAAGCGAUCCUUUGUCUCCUGCUCGGCGGCGUCGAGAAGCUGCUGCCCAAUGGCACACGGCUGCGUGGCGAUAUCAAUGUCCUGCUUAUCGGUGAUCCGUCCGUGGCCAAGUCACAGCUGCUCCGCUAUGUGCUGAAUACGGCACCGCGUGCCAUUCCCACCACGGGACGCGGCUCCAGCGGCGUUGGUUUAACAGCCGCUGUGACCACGGAUCAGGAGACAAACGAACGACGCUUGGAGGCGGGCGCCAUGGUGCUGGCGGAUCGCGGCGUCGUUUGCAUCGAUGAGUUCGACAAGAUGAGCGACAUUGAUCGCACGGCCAUCCACGAGGUGAUGGAACAGGGACGCGUCACCAUCUCCAAGGCCGGCAUCCACGCCUCGCUCAAUGCACGCUGCUCCGUCUUGGCAGCCGCCAAUCCCGUCUACGGCCGGUACGAUCAAUACAAAACUCCCAUGGAGAACAUUGGAUUGCAGGAUUCUCUGCUGUCGCGUUUCGAUUUGUUGUUCGUCAUGCUGGAUGUCAUCGAUAGCGAUGUGGAUCAAAUGAUCUCCGAUCAUGUGGUCCGCAUGCAUCGCUAUCGCAAUCCCAAGGAAGCCGAUGGCGAGCCCCUCACCAUGGGCAGCUCCUAUGCCGAUUCGCUGUCGUUUGUCUCCAACACAGAGCAGAAGAAGGACACGGAGGUGUAUGAGAAGUAUGAUGCACUGCUGCAUGGAAAGUCGCGCAAGCGUCACGAGAAGAUCCUCUCGGUGGAGUUCAUGCGCAAGUACAUCCACAUUGCCAAGUGCAUGAAGCCUAAGCUGACGGAGCAGGCAUGCGAGGCGAUUGCCAACGAGUAUUCACGACUGCGCUCCCAAGAGGCCGUCGAAUCGGAUGUGGCCCGCACUCAGCCGAUCACGGCGCGUACGCUGGAGACGUUGAUCCGUUUGGCGACGGCACAUGCGCGUGCUCGGAUGUCGAAGACGGUGACCAUCGAUGAUGCGCACUCGGCCAUCGAGUUGGUGCAGUUUGCCUAUUUCAAGAAGGUGCUCGAGAAGGAGCGAGCGGGCAACAAGCGGCGACGCAAUGGCAACGGCGACAGUGACGAAGAGAAUCAGGAGCAGGAGCAGCAAGAAGCAACAACAGAACGUUCGCCAUCGCGUCGCAGCAAACGCACACGUAUCGAACCCGACUACGACAGCGAUGAGGAGGAGAUUGAGACACCUCAACCAGAUGCUGGCGAUUUAACCCGUCGCGAAACUCGACGUUCGCUGCCCGCCCAGCAACAACAGCAACACAGUGAAGCAUCGGCGGCCACAGAAAGUCAGUCGACAGAAUCCGAGGCGACAUCAACGAUUAGUGAAUCGAGGCUGGGUCUCUUCAAGAACGGUUUGCAGCGUCUGUUCCGCGAGGCACGCGAACAAAGUCUGCCCGUCAGCCGGAUUAGCAAGGCGAUCAAUGAGAACAACGCGGAGCCAUUUACUGCCGGUGAAAUCGAUGCCGCGAUGCAUCGCAUGACCGAGGAUAAUCAAAUCAUGGUCGCCGAUGACAUCGUUUUUCUUAUCUAAUCUUCCUCUUGCGUAUCUCUGUCUCUCUUCACAUUUCCAGCAUGAAUCUAUUAUUAUCAUUAUUAUCGCAUUGCUAUUUUCAUUCAUUUGUGUACUAUUCAUUAAGUCGAAGUCGAUGCCGAAUUCAUUUUUUUUGUUGUAUUUCAUAUUUAUCAAUUACGAGAAAGUCUAAUAAAAAGCAAA